AUGGAGUAGCAAGAAGGAUUCUUCCAAGAAUUGAAACAAAUCUACGAUAUUAAAAUACCCAUUCCAGCCAUUUAAUAAAAUCAAAUCCAAAAGUUUUUAUUUUAUUUUGAUCUAACAAACACUCAAAGAUACUCUAAUGAAAUGUCAAAGUUAGCGAUUAAUAAUAGUAAAGAAAGAUAAUGGAAAGGUGGAUAAAUAUUCUAGUUUUAAUUUAAUAAUUAAAAAAGAGAAUAAUAAUCUAUUUUCUGCUAUUACUUUAAUAAUUUACUAUAAGAUGAUGAACAACAAAUUAACAUAAACAAUUUAUUGAGAUUUAGAAUAUUUUUUUAGGAAUUUAUUAAAACUUAAAAUAAUAUUUAGAUAAAAUUUGUGUUUCACUUUCUAAGAAAGAAUUAAAAUGAUAAGCAAUUUGAAGAUCUGAUAAUAAAUUGUAUUUAUUAAAUUCUUGAUGGAUCUUUCGAAAAGUUAUCAGAUAUCAUAUGUGUGUAUAAUAUAAAGAAUUUAGAAAAUAUGAACUAUUGUAAAAUUUCAUCUAAAAAAAUACAUUUUAAUAAAAAUUAUUAAUAGUAGAAAUUUGACAUUUAAUUUAUUAUUUUAUUGGAUGAAUUUUUGAAUUACUUUUAAAAUAAAUAGGGUGUUCCUAAUUGGAUAGGAUUUAUAUGCUAACAGUAUGUAUAAUCUUAGGUUGAUGUAGUAUUAAAAGAAUUUGAGAAAGAACUUUUACAACUUUAUAAAGACAUAUUGCUAAUGAUUGAAUUCCCAGUCAAUCUGAAUAAUGAAAUAAAAUCUAAUUAAAAUGUUUCACAAUAUUUAGAUAAAUUGAAAACUCUUAUUUCUGAUAUAUGCAUAAUAUUAAAUGAAUAGAACUUUUACGAUAUGGCAUUAUAAUUUAAAAAGGUCAUACAUAUUAAUAGAGAGAAAAUGAUAUAAUAUCUAAACACAAUUGUUUAAGAAAAUAGCUAAUUUGAAAUUUAUUUGAAAAUAUAUUCAAAAGAUAAAUCACCUAAUUAAGUAUUCAAUUAGUUGCUUCAAUUUCAAUUUUAAUUAAAUGAAUCUGAUAUUGAAAUUUUCGAAAAAUUAAAAAUUAUUUAUUACAAUGAAGAUGUUUUAAAAAAAACUUUGUUCUAGAUUAAGUUGGACAUAAAUUAAUAGUUUAAGUAAUUUGAUUUAUAUCUUCCAUAAAGCUUAGCAUAUGUUAAGAGAAUAAUUCCUCAACAAUAAAAUAUCAAUUUAGAUAAACCUCAUGUUUUUGUAUUUGGUAUGACAAGAGUUGGGAAAAGUACAUUUCUGAAUAUAGUUAAUGAUCCAGAGAAUAUUAUUAUUACUUAGGAUAAGAAGUUUGAUGUAAAAGUAAAGAAUAAUAAAAUUCUGUUGUCUCAUUCAAAUGUUAGUUAAACAUUUUAGACAGAAAAUUUGGAGAUUGGUAAUUAUAUUUUUGUUGAUACUCCUGGAUUACAUGAUACUUAUGAUAUUAAUAGAGGUAUUAAUCAUUUCAAUAUCUUUAAAUCAAUAACUAGAGUAAGUUAACAAAUUAUAUUGUUGAUGAUUGAUGGAGAACAGCUUUAAACAACUAAAAAUGAUUUAAUCGAUUCAAUAACUAUAAUUAAUAAUAUGCUAGGAAAAUAAAAAGACGAACAUCUUGAAAAUUUUAUCAUUCCUGUAUUCACUAAAAUUAGAAAUGCUUCUACUAUGGAAUAAAUAAUUAACAAAUGGUCAACUGAGACAAUGAAAGAUAUUACUGAUCAGAAAUAAUUAAACAUUUUGAAUAUCAUUAAAAAAGCACUAGAUCAAGAAAAUUAUAUCAAAAUUUAUUAGGCAGAUCACUAUGAAAUCCAUGAAGAAGUGCAAUAACUGCAAUCAGAAAUUAAAAAGUUAUAAGAUUAAUAUUUUGAUAAUGAGAGUCUGGAAGACCGCUAGGCACUAGAAGCAUAAAUCUAACUAAAAAAAUAGAAGUUAAAAGAUCUGAGUUAGGAGAAUUUAUUCUAAAAAAAAAUACAAAAUAUUAGGGAAGAUGUUUUAGAGAAAUGUAAAAAUUUGUUAAAAAGGAAGGAAAAAAUAUUGUAAGAAAAUUAAGAUAUUGAUAAAUCUUUGAAGUUUGAAUUCUAGUUAACUCCUGAAUUGAAGUAUCAUAUAGAUAAGUUAUUACCUCAUCGAAAGAAUUUUUAUCAACAACUCUUAAAUCUUAUAACACAUCAUUUUAUUGCUAAGAUGCUUUUUGAUAAUUCAAUGAGUAUAAAUGAUAAAGAUAGCGAAAUAUUUCAAACACUUGUGAAAAAAAUGAACAUACUUUCAGAUAUACCAAAACAACUAAUAAUUCAGAAUAUAUAAGAUUAGAUUAAUGAACUUAAUCAAUUUAAUAAUAUCAUAAUAAAAUUUCAUGAUGAAAAAUAGGAUCCUUAAACAGUUGAUUUUUACUAUUUUAAAUCUCAAUUAAUAGUCCUUCUUAAACUUUUUACAAAAGUUACGUUUAUUUAUCAUGAUUUACAAGAAUUUUUACAAUAUAGAUGGAAGAGUUUAGAUAGUAUUAAAAAAAUUGGAUUGUUAAUACCAAACAUUUGCGUAUCAGUGUUUAGUGUUCCUAUUAUGCUAAUAUCGGCAAUGAAUUAACUCUUUAUUAAAAGCAUUUUUGUUACAUAAAAAGAAAUAGAAAAAUAAGAGAAAAUUAAAUUGUUAAAGGUUCAGCAAAACUAUGUAGCCUUAUUAGAGAAAACCAGUAAGUGA